GCUGCGGCCUUGAAUUUGAACAUUGGCAGCUACUUGUGGACCGCUGCCAUUUCAACUGGAUCAAGCUCCAGUGUAUCACGCGUUUUUUUUGCUCCGUGCGGAGCAUCCUCAUGCAGCCGCAAAUUGUCAAAGAGGACUCUGGUUCUGGUUUGGGCUCCCCUGAUGGCAAUGACAUUCUCCUGGAAGAAGAGACAUCCGAGCUGCCCAAAAGCAUCCCUGGCCGUAAAACAGGGCUGGUGGAUUUCAUGUCCAAUCUGGAUGUAUCGCAUGUAGGUGUUGCUCGAGCGAUUCCAACCUACGCAGCUUUGCAGGGUAUUGGAAGCGCAUUUCGAAACCAAGAGACUGAGCUCCUCUACAGAAUGAGUGUCAGGACGGAUGAAUUCGAUGAGUUCUGGUCGCACUCUUGGCAGUUGUCGCCUUGGCCCAAAAUCAUCUGUCUGCUGUUUCUGAAGAAUGGCCUUGCAGCGGGGCUCACCAGCAAUGUUGCUGCUCUCACUGGCUGCAUCCUCUCGUACUUCGGAGUUCUGCCAGUGGUUUUCGGAGACUCUACAGCCAUGCCGUGCUAUUUGUGGAGCCAGCUUGGUGGCAUCCUGUGCUUCUUCCCGGUGCUGCUCCUGUGGCGACGCCACGACCGCAUCUUUCUAGACGCAGGAUGCAUCAACCAAAGCACCCCCAAGGCCAAGACCGAGGGCAUCCGCAGCAUGGGCGGACUCCUGCGAAUGUCUCGUAGGAUGCUGGUGCUUUGGGACGUGACUUAUGUUGAGAGGCUCUGGUGCAUGUUUGAACUCGCUGCUUUCAUGAAGAGCCGUAGCCAGCCAAACACUGACGACGUGGUGAUCCGACCCACGCUCUUAGGCUCUUGUGCUCUGACGAUUUUCGUGAGUUUUUAUGUUCUGAUGCUGGUGCUGUCAGUCUUGACCUUCUUCAAUGUGAAAGGCAUUGAAGUCGUUUUGGCGUGCUCGUGCUGUUCAAUGCUGGUCAUGUACUGCACGGCAGCAGUCUACCGUGGAUAUUUCCAUUCUGUUCAGUUGUUUCACGAGCAGUUAGCCAACUUCCGCCUGGCCGACUCGAAGUGUUACUGCUGCAGCAGUGGCCAUGUUUCCAGUUCCGGACGCCCCAUUAUGUGUGACCGAGAAAUCGUGACGCAAUGCGUCGGCAAGUGGUUUGGCGAUGAGGAGCAGUUUGAAGCAGCAGCGCACACCUGGGUCUCCAAAGCAUUUUCGGAACAACUCGGAAUGCACAUGUUUCCACUGUGGUUGCUUCUGGUGGUGUCAUCGCCAUUUCUCUGGGUGAGUUGGGAUAUGGCAGUGUCACAUCAUGCCAUUGGAGAUCACGAAGAUGCCAAUUUUUGGUUCAUCGCAAGUGUGGGAUAUUGGCUUGGAGCUGUUCCGACAUGUCUUGCUUGGGCCUUCUAUGUGGCGAGCAAACUUCGAACACCCUGCGGUGCACGCAGCUGGGACUGUUUGGCCAACCUACUGGUCAUUGCGGCCUCGGUUCCCGUGGCGGUUGUGACCUUUGGAUUCCCAGUCCUCAUGGAGAGUUUUUUUGACCAACUGGCUGUCAGCGCUGCAGCAUCGAGUGCCGUUUUGGUGACGGUCGGGCUGCUGAUUUGGUUUUCCAAUGUUUUCCAACAUGCCCUGGGCGGGUGCUGGUUGUGA